CAGAGACAUGCAAAACUUGUAUUGAUCAAAGUAACAGGAAUGCUUUCAUUCAUAUCCGUAGUUGCAUAUUUUCUUUGGAAAUAUUAUCUUGCUCAACAAAAUCUCAGGAGAAAUCAACUAGAAGAAGAUUCAUACCUGUCAAACCUUAUAAAUAAAUUAUGGAAAUCUGAAGAAGUAAAAUCUGCAGAGUCUUCAUCAGUUACUUCAGAAUUUUGGAAUUCCAUAUUAACUGACUGUGAAGUUGUGAAACUAUGGACAGUUGACUUCAUCUGCUUAUUCAUUCCAAGGGGAAUAACUUCUAUAGUAGCCAGAACUAUACAAGUGAUAUGUGCUGCAUUAUUAAUUUUUAUAAUUGUGACCAGAUAUUGUGGAUAUGUUUUCUGGAGAAUAGGAAAACAAAGUGAGAGUAAAACCAAGAAAAAAACUAAGAAGAACUCCAGUACUUCCUUCCUUGAUCAGCUGACAUUAAGGAGUGUGCUAGGGUUCUUGACAAUCUUGACUUUACUGCUAAGUAUUCCGUUUGAGUACAUGAGACUGUAUCAGGAACAAGUCGCCAAGAAAGUUGCUGUGAUGAAAGUUGGUGCUCCCAGAGAAUGUGUCCCUCAGGAAAUGAACUUCAUGGAGAGUCUUAAAUACUGGAUAAACUGGGAGCUCUCCUGGGUUCAUGACCCCUGUGAGAAGUACCAUAAGGCAAUGCUUGUGGACCCUUUAUGGGAAAUAUCACCACUGCUUGUCCUGUGGUCAGCUCUUGUGAGAGGCAUUCUUCAUCCCAUUGAACUUUUCUUCUCCAGCAUUGGGAAAUCUUUUAAACUUUUCUUCAGUGAAAUUCCAGCUCAGUGGCAGCCAUUCAUGUUUAUACUGAUUGUUUUUGUUUUUGUUGUUGUUAUGGUGAUGAGUUUUAGCUACAGGAUCUCCCUUCCUUUUAUCCUCAAGAUAGAACCAAAGACCCCAGUCAUACAAAAAACUACAAGCAAGGUGCAACAAUGUGCUAAAAAGGAGGAGAAAUCUUGUAAACCUCUCUGUGCACAAGAAGAGAAGACUGCAUCAUGUGCAACAGUAAAAAAUUGUGAUUUGGAUAAAAAGAAAAUUUUAAUAUAAAAAUUGUCAGUAUUAUUAUUAAGUAUAUCAAAUCAAUGACAAUGAAAUUCAGGCCCAUUUUAUAUUAGAUUAUGGACUUAAUUUAUUUUAAUAACUUCUCCAAUGUUUGUUUUACCAUAAUUAUGUAAU